AUGGCUCGUGGGGCCAAGGCCCGCGAGUAUGACUACUCCGCAGUAGGAACUCAAGGAAGACGUACCGGUAUUACCUUGAAAGAAGGCAAACGUGACGAACAUGGCAUGGAAGAAGUGGACGGCCUUUUUUCAUCUCCUGAGAAAUCACCUGUAAAGGUGAAUGGCUUUGACGAUAGGGACACCGAGGACUCGAUUGGCUCCGAUGGGAUGUCCAUUGAUGAAGGCAACGCGCCUGGUCCCAUGGACUUCCUCAAUGCCACCAACGCUUCGCGAACUGCCGUAUUGCCUCCACCCGGUCGUUCCCCUGCAAAGGGCCCUUCCACCCGCAGAUCACCGGUUUUGCGCUCAACACCAGAUGACGAGGACAUAUUAUCGCCGAGCCCUUCAUAUGGUAAAGGCUUGACUAAGACCCCCAGUUCGCGACAGGAGGCCUCUCCAUUGACUACUCGAUCAGUAAACGCGGGUGUCUCCAAGCAGAGAAAUAAUGCCCAGAAGGCCACAAAAGCGCAAUUAGUGGCAGCUGAGUCCCCUGUUCUGCAUGACUUUUCAGACGGCGAGGGUGAUGAAAAUGCCAAUUCGUUUCUCCCCGAAGACAAUGACUUUGAAGACAGCUACGAGGCUGGGAAUGAGACUGUGAUUCCGGACGAGGACAUUGUCGAACCUGCUGUGCAAGAGCAGAGUGAUAUCGAAAAUGACUCGCCUCCAUCCGCAGAAGACUUGCGCCCGGCGUCGAAGAAAUCCACAACAACCGCCAAACAGACAAGAAAAGCCCCCGCAGCGAAGGCGUCAAGGCCAGAAAAGAGCGAAACAAAGACCGGACGGCGAGGCCGACCUCCGAAAAACCCACGUCCUCUCGAUGAGGAGCCGGCGGAUGCCAGGCCAGCUAAGAAGCAAAAGACUCCAAACAGUCAGCCUCAAGCGACCCGUGAACCUUUGGAUCCCGAACUGCAUAAAGUUGUUGAAAAUUAUACCCAACGUUCAGGCCCUUUGAAGGGCCGCAGCUUAUACAUUCUCAAGAGAGAGAAUCCCACAGACCAGAGCGCUACACAUACUCGCUCGGGGCGCACAUCGAUCCGUCCUUUGGCGUAUUGGCGCAAUGAAAGAUGUGUCUACGGGGAUGGAGAGACUGAAGAGGGCCACCGCUUCCCACUAUCCACCAUCAAGGAAAUUGUUCGCACUGAAGAGCUUGAGCCAGAGCGGUUGAAGAAAGGCAAACGUGCCGGUCGAAAGUCAAAAUCCAAAAAGCAAGCAGAGGAGUCUUCAGAUGAUGAAGAUGAGCAUCUCGAUGUCUGGGAGAAAGAAAGUGGUGUUCUCCAUGGUUUUAUCCCCAGAUGGGAUCCUAAGUCUCAAACCAGCACCAAGGAGGAAGACGUCAUUGAUAUUGCGUAUGCUCCUUCUGGUAUCGAGACAAGAGAGGUCAAGGAUUCCACAUUCCGGUUUGCAAAGCUGUUGAGCUCUUCUUUCAUCGGAUCAGGGGUGGUAGAACUUCCACCAGAGGGUGUGAAGAGACCCAAGAACUCAAAGAAGAUGCACAUGGUUUUUUAUGUCUGCCAUGGACGAGUGCAAGUGGAUAUCUCCGGAGUACAGUUCAGCGCUGGCAAGGGAUGCGUGUUCCAGGUACCGCGUGGAAAUUACUAUAGCUUCCAAAACGCCCAUGCUAAAGAAGCUCGGCUAUUCUUCACACAAGGCUGUGUUCCGGCGGAGGAUGAAACAGCCUCAUCCAAAUCCAGAAAUGCUGUUCAGGAAAGCGAAUUCGAGGGUGAGCCUGGGCCUGGGCCUGAGGCCGAAGAUGAAGGUGAAGCGGAAGUCGAUACUGAACCUACACCGGUUACCAAAAAGGUCCGCGGUCGUCCCAAGGGCAAGCAAAAGGCGAAGUAA